AUGCGCUGGGCUUCCCACUCAGCCCGCUUUGCCCGGUGCAGGAAUGCCCAUCUCUCGUCUUUCGCGCGCCAGGUGAAUAUUGGACUGCAGGGCCACCGCGCCUUGGCGACCUGCGCCCCACUGGUUCGCCUGUGCGCGGAGCCGCGACCGGCUCAGGGCUUUGUGGAGCAGCGAGCAAAGACCCCAGGUUCGCUGAGCCGUGUGACAAACGGCGAGGGUCUCGAAGACGCAGACGCUGCCACGCAGCAGGUUGUUGCAGAGAUGCUGGAGUCCAUCGUUAACAGCUUUACCACUGGCACUCUAUCCUUAUCAGAA